AUGAAGUUUUUCAGUGUUUUCUUGCUCGGUGCCAUGGCUACCCUGACCUACGUAGGAGACAUUAAUCACCUCCAUGCCCGCUGCAUUGCUACCCAUCGACACGGUCCCGCUCUUCAUACCUCAAACUCCCUUGCUCUGAUUGUCGCCUUCUCCCUUCAUCUCUCACCUAGCUAUAGCUCCGAGAUGGGUGAAGUUGAAAUACUAUCGCUGACGGCGAUCUUCCUGGGCAUCGCCGUUCUAUUCCUACAAUUCGAGGUAUGUCCUCAACACCGUUAUUCUGGAAUCGAGGCUGAUGACCCCAAAGUCCUAGAGACUAGCGAAACGGAUUGA